AUGACGACUAACUAUUUGGUGCCAAACACUAAACCGAUUAAUGGAAAUGUGUUUCAUUCAUUCGAAAAGAUAAAUGAAAUAUUCGCAAAGAAUGACGGUAGAAGAUAUUAUAGAGAACUUGAAAGUUCAUGCUAUGACUCUGAUGCUCCAUAUUUUGAUGAUAAACAAACUCAUUUAAGAAUUACAAAUCCGGCUCAUGAUGUGAACCAAUUAGGUGACACAUAUAUUAAACGCAAAGUUAAAGCAACUCUAGUUUCAAAUAAAGCUUUCACAUGUGAUGCCGCUUUUAAAUGCAUGCGUUUAUUCGUUGGUUACAAAUCAUCAAAUCAAAGCUUUAAACAAUUAGAAGUAGAAACCGAAAGAGGUGAUGCCGGUUAUCUUCAGAUGGAUUGCGCCCGUGAAUCUUUCGCAUUUGCAACAUAUAAACCAAAAUCAGAAAGGAAAGUUAAAAAGUUUGUUCAUUCGUUAUAUAAUAAUGUUCAAAAAUAUGAUAACUCAGUAUGUGGUAAAUAUAUUGACCCUUCAGAAGUUUUCAAGAAAGCAAAUGAAGAAGUUGAUGUCACUUUUGAUAUGAUUAUUCCGGUAAAUGAUUUGUUAGCAUUUCAGGCGUUCGAUGAUUAUCCUAAAUCAUUUG